UCUCAAAAUCUAAUCUCUUUUUUUUUUUCCGUUGACAAAUCUAGUUAUGCCUCCUCCGGCAAUGCUUGCGUUUGAAGAUGGUUUAGCUCAUAAUUCGAGUGAUAAUGAGUGGCAAGGUUUCAGUGUUUUUCCAGGAGAAAACCCUAACACAACCCCUUACCCUAACCCUAACACUAAUAUAAAUUUCUUGAUUAAGAAGGCAAUUUUGGAGAACGAGAAAUCAAUCAGUCCUAUUUUCUCCCGUUCCUCGACAAGAGACGACAGCUUCAGAAUGGUACUGCCGCCUGCCAUGCCUCCUCCUAGAGACUCAGCAGUUCCGUUUCCUAUGCUCCCAGAGCCAAUGAGAACCCGGAAGAAGCUUAGCCACCAAGAAUCAUUCCUUUUUAUGAGGAAAACACAUUACUCGGAGAAGAUUCUCUACAAGGAAGAAGAUUUCAAAUGUAACGCCUUCUGCUUGUCUCUACCUGGAUUCGGGAAGCACAAGCCCGUUAGAUCUUCUUCUAAACGACAAGAUUCUAUGGAGAAGAAGAUGAUCAGAGCUUCUUCCUUCACGAAUUCGACCGUUUCCAUACGCGCCUCGCUCGAGAAAUUCGAAUGUGGUUCUUGGGCAUCGACGACCGCUCUGAUUCAAGAUAACGGUCGGUUGUUUCAUGAUUUCCCCGUGGAGAUGACGAAAUGCAACAGCAGAGGAGGAAACAGAGGAAGAGAUGUGCAAGAACCGGUGACUUCUGGUUUCUUGUUCGAUAGAGAAACAGAGACUUUGGCUUUAAGAAGCGUUUUGAAAACGAGGAGUACUAGAGAUCACCGGAGAUCGGCUGAGACUUCACCGCAACGUCGUGUAAGAUUCUCGACUUCGUCUUCGUCCGCUUCUGUUUCUUGCCCUACUUCUCCGCGGACUUGUAUCACUCCACGUUUGCGUAAGGCUAGAGAUGACUUCAAUACUUUCUUGACCGCACAAAACGCAUGAAAUGAGAGGAAACAAAAACAGAACACAGAGAGUUUUUUUUCUAAUAUGUAUGUGUAUAUGAAUGUGAGUUCGUAAGGCUGUGUAAAUACUAAAUAUCUAUCGAGAGAGAGAGAGAGAGAGAGAGAGAGAGAGGGGUUGUUGAAUCUUUGAGAAAUCAAAAUCGAUGAUAAUGAAAUAAUUCAAAACUCA